CUUGUUUGGGAUUUAAGGCCCUUCCCGGGGAAUAUUCUUCAUCCCCUUCUUAGACACUUUGAAUUAAAGAAGAUAGGGAAGGGGAUAGAGAGGGGAAGGAAGGAAGGAAGGAGAAGAAGUGUCCCAAAAGGCAUUUUAUAUCUCUCCCCAUUUACAAUUUUGUUGGUUUUUGUUUCUUUCGUUUCUCUCUGUUUUCUUUUUCUUCUUCAAGGGGGGAAAGCUGAAGAAAAGAGAGAAAGGAAGGGAAUCUGAAACCAAAAGGGAGCAAUGGAAGGGAGAGAAGAGAUAAAGGGAUCCAAACCCAGUUUUCCUUUGACCUUUUGGGAGCUCGCAGUGGCUUCAACGAUGGUGUUUGGGAUCGUUUUGGGGCUUGUAGGCGUUUAUUUAACCAUGCCCGCUUCUGAUUACAGCUUCCUCAAAUUACCCAGGAACCUUGAAGAUCUUCAGAUCCUGAGAGAUAACCUUGAAUCCUACACAAGUGACUACACCGUACAAGUGUUGGUGGGGUAUUGUGCAGUCUAUAUUUUCAUGCAAACUUUCAUGAUUCCAGGAACUGUUUUCAUGUCAUUGCUUGCUGGAGCAUUGUUUGGAGUCUUCAAAGGUGUAGCUCUUGUUGUGUUCACUGCCACUGCUGGUGCUUCUUCUUGCUACUUCCUGUCAAAAUUGAUUGGGCGGCCCCUCGUCUUUUCCCUUUGGCCUGACAAGUUGAGCUUCUUCCAAGCCCAGGUGGCUCAAAGAAGGGAGAGACUGUUGAACUAUAUGCUUUUCCUAAGGCUUACUCCAACUUUGCCAAAUACAUUCAUUAACGUUGCUUCACCUAUUGUCGAUGUGCCUUACCAUAUUUUCUUCAUGGCAACUCUUAUCGGACUCAUCCCUGCUGCUUACAUAACUGUCAGGGCUGGAAUAGCUCUCAGUGAGUUACAAUCGCUAGGGGAUCUUUACGACUUCAACUCAAUUGCCACUCUUUUCCUCAUAGGGGUUGUCUCCGUCACACCUACGCUAAUGAGCAAGACGAAACAAUAGCGUUCGAUUGGCUGAACUUGGUUGUAAAUGGGAUUUCAAUUUCGUGAUAGCCAUUCGGGUCGCUACAACCUUCUGUAAAGGCUAGCAUCAAAUAAAUGCAACGUGCUGCUGCUGUUUCUAUGAUUAAUGGAAUGCGGACUGCUCCUGCUGAUAUUGAAGAUGAUGAUCUGGGAUGGUGUUAAGUCUUCAAGUUGUUUGCCAUGCUUUAACAAUUCUCAGGUUAAGUCUUCAUCGGCAAGAAUAGCCUUCAGACUCUGUAUUAUAUCCGUUUUUAUUAGUUCAUUUUCUUAUUUGUAAAAACAAAGCGCCUUCGUUCUCUGUGUUUGUUGUGGUCUUAUCUCAUUAUUAAGUUUGAUUGCUCAUUUCUAUCAAAGAAAUAUGAAAUAAAAUCAUGGGAUGAAAGUUAAUUUA